ACUUGACAUCUUUAGGCUAUUUUCCGGAGGACCUGAACCGCAGAAACCCCUCGUCUAAGGAGAUGGCCGACGUGACUACUUCCGUCAUCCAUGAAGUCCUAGGCGGGCGGCUACGAAACGUGGACCAGCCAAUCGUCGACUACAUCAUCAACGUACUUGCUGAUGAGGACUUCGACUUCGGCCUUGAUGGAGACGGUGCUUUGGAAGCAAUCGGCGAUCUCCUUGUCGACUCAGAUUGCGCCUGUGACUACUCUGAAUGUCGCACGAUCUGUAGCAAAUUGUCUGCGAAAUUAGAGAAGCACGGAUUGGUGAAACCAAAACCUUCUGUAAGAAGCUUAAAAGCACCACUGAGAAUGUUUGAUGGGAUGGACGAAGAGGAAAUUCCUAAAAAGAAGUCUGAAACAACUGAUGGCCCUCUGCUGACUGAACGUGACAAAAUCAAGAUAGAAAGGAGGAAUAGGAAAGAGGAGCGACAAAGAGAGGCACAGUAUGAACAUCAUUUAAGAGAGAUGGAAGCUGCCAGAGCCGGGAUGCCUGCUGUUUGUGUAAACCAUGAUGUUGUGGAUGGAGCAGCAAUCAAGGAUAUACAUAUGGUAAAUUUCAACAUAUCCGUUGGUGGUCGUGAUCUUAUUGUGGAUGGAACUGUGACACUUUCUUUUGGCAGGCACUAUGGCCUUGUGGGACGGAAUGGAACUGGGAAAACAACAUUCCUUAGGUACAUGGCUAUGCAUUCCAUAGAUGGUAUUCCCCGGAACUGUCAGAUCUUACAUGUGGAGCAGGAAGUUGUUGGUGACAAUACUUCGGUUUUGCAAUGUGUCCUCAAUUGUGAUGUUGAAAGAACUCAACUUUUGGAAGAAGAAAGUCAUCUACUUGAAUUGCAGAGAGAUAUUGACCUAGAAGGUGAAGUUGGAAAGGGCAAUGGGGAAACAGACAAAAAUGCUAUUGCACAAAGACUUGAGGAGAUAUACAAAAGGCUUGAGCUUAUUGAUGCUUACUCUGCCGAGUCACGUGCAGCAUCCAUCCUUGCGGGCCUCAGUUUUACCACAGAAAUGCAAAAGAGGGCUACAAAAACCUUCUCUGGAGGAUGGAGGAUGAGAAUAGCACUUGCACGAGCAUUGUUUAUCGAACCUGAUUUACUGCUUCUUGAUGAACCAACGAAUCAUCUUGAUCUUCAUGCUGUCCUGUGGCUUGAGUCUUACUUGGUGAAGUGGCCGAAGACAUUUAUAGUAGUUUCCCAUGCUAGAGAAUUUCUGAACACUGUUGUCACAGAUAUUAUUCAUCUUCAAAACAAAAAACUUGUUACCUAUAAAGGAAACUAUGAUGCAUUUGAGAGAACUAGAGAAGAAAAAAUUAAGAACCAACACAAAGCAGUUGAGGCCAAUGAACGCUCCAGGGCCCACAUGCAGACAUUCAUUGAUAAGUUCCGCUACAAUGCAAAGCGUGCAUCUCUUGUUCAAUCUAGAAUCAAGGCGCUUGAUAGGCUGGGUCGUGUAGAUGAAGUUUUCAAUGAUCCAGAGUACAAGUUUGAAUUCCCUUCCCCCGAUGACAGACCAGGGCCUCCAAUUAUAAGCUUCAGUGAUGCAUCUUUCGGAUAUCCAGGGGGGCCAUUAUUAUUCAAGAAUUUAAAUUUUGGAAUAGAUUUGGAUAGCCGAAUAGCAAUGGUUGGUCCAAAUGGCAUUGGAAAGUCAACCAUAUUGAAACUAAUUUCUGGUGAGCUUCAGCCAACCUCAGGAACGGUGUUUCGUUCUGCUAAGGUCCGGAUCGCUGUAUUUAGCCAGCACCAUGUUGAUGGCUUAGACAUGUCUUCAAAUCCCUUGCUUUAUAUGAUGCGCUGUUUCCCUGGAGUUCUUGAACAGAAACUUCGUUCUCACCUAGGUUCAUUUGGCAUUAGUGGAAAUCUUGCCCUUCAACCAAUGUAUACAUUGUCAGGUGGUCAGAAAAGCAGAGUUGCAUUCGCAAAAAUCACUUUCAAAAAGCCUCACAUCUUACUACUUGAUGAGCCAUCAAAUCACUUGGAUCUGGAUGCUGUGGAGGCACUAAUACAAGGACUCGUAUUAUUCCAAGGAGGUGUUCUGAUGGUAAGUCACGAUGAACAUCUAAUAUCAGGAAGCGUAGAGCAGUUGUGGGCUGUAUCGGAAGGCCGGGUGAAGCCUUUUGAUGGAACCUUUCAGGAUUACAAAAAACUGCUCCAAUAAUCAUACAAUAUUUCACAUAUUGUAUUGGUUUGGAAAUAUGGUUGAUUUGGAAAUGGGCCAAACCACUGCUUAUUGGAUGCAAAAAGCAUAGCAUAGCAGAGGAUGAAUAGGAUUAUCGAUUGAAUCAACGGUUUGUAUCUUUCAAUGUGAUGCUCCCUACAUAUAUAAGCAAUAUUUAUUGUGGCAUUGCUUAUGGCUUACUUUACUGUCUUUUAAUUGGUAUGGUUAGUAAUGUUUACUAACUUAUACUCCGCCGUUAUAAGACAUGUAACUACGGAGUAAUAUUUUAUUUUCAUUUUAUCCCUUUUUGUUUGUCUCAUGAUUAUCACUCUGCAUUUUUCCUCCCCAAGGAACGUAUUCUUUUGCUAGAAUUGUUUCUCCUCUACAUAAAUACACAAUCAGUCUCUAUUUUGCCUACAAAACUUUUAAUGGGCGAUAGUAGAAUAUGAGUAAACUAAUUUAGAUCAAGAACACACUCAAUUCCUCAAGAAAUGGCUCUAAAAAGCUAUGUAAAAAGUUUAUGGAAUGAUGCAAUGUAAAGCUAUGAAAUGUGUGAGGAAUGGUUGUGAAAAGUAGACCCAAAAGACCCUUAUUUAUACCCAAAAAUGAUGUGUAACGGAUGGGAGUUGAUUUGGGUUUAAUGGCAUGAUUUUUGGAAAUUAAAUAAAAGUGGAUUUGCAGGAAAUUAGCCUACCCAGCGAUGUAUGGAACUACCCAUCGCUGGAGUCUUUUGAAGUAGCAGGGAUUUUAAUUUCUCAAACUUCUCCAAUUAUUUCUCAAUUGUAAGAUCGAGGUAUGAUUGUUGAUGAUUGAACCAUGAGUAAAAUAAAUACAUUGAUAAUUGUAACACCCCAAUCCGUAUAACCCGGAAUUACACGAAUUAAGGUGAAACGAGAGUUAAAUAAAAAUUUCGCUUGACAUUCGAAAAUGACAAUUACUUAUAAAUAUUAAAUUUACACACUCUGGAUCGCGACCCAUUUAAAAAUAUUUUCAGAGUAAUGCGGAAGUACAAUAAUAAUCAAAUCAUGACACAUUUUAAAAUCUGAUGAUCAAACAUUUGUCUGCCAUCCUUGCAUCUCCUCUGACUCAAUGCCCUCCGGGAAUGGUUCCAUCAUUGUCUUCUUGUUACCUACGUGUAGUCAACGAAAAAUACAAACUACACGCUCAGCGAAACCGCUGAGUGGUACCACGCUAGAAUUGUAGAAUGAUUCACAGACAUAUACAUAUACAUAUAUAUACGUCCACAAAAUGUAUAGUAACAUUCAUGAUAUGACACAUAUUAUCAUAUGGUCAAUUUGAUGAAUCAUGAUGAUAAAUAUUUAAUGAUAAUUACAUGAUGGCACAUUUAAUCAAUUUGCUUGUGAGGAUGAUUACAUGAUACCAAUGUAAUCAAUAUACUUUUUCUUGAUGAUGAUUACAUGACACCUAUGUAAUCAAUGUAGCUGUACUUGAUGAUGGUAACAUGAUGCAUGAUCCUAUAACUUGCAAGGACACCCUUGCGCUAUGAGAUUCGCCCAUUUGGUACGACAAACUCACGCGGCCUUAGUCUCACGAAUGAGGAGAGACUAGAAAAAUAGGGGUGGUACUCGAAACCUGAAUACCAUGUACGUACACUAAGCCCGGAACGGGUGAUGUCGGACUGCUAAGUCCCGCACAUCACGCUAUAAGAGACGCAAUUA